GGUCCGCGCGCGAGGGGCCGGGCCGCGAGAGCAGAGCCGAGCGCUGCGUGAGUUUGUAAUGUCCGCCAUGUUGGCCAUGGCGUGUUGAACCGGGGAGAGCAGCGGAGCCUGGGAAAAAAACACACCGACAGAGAGCGACCGAGACCCGGCCUGCGCGGCUCUGUGCGCCGCUACGGACCCGAGCCUUCCGCGAACAGCCCGGCCGACUCCCCGAGACUGCACAGACUCAUCCAUGAGCACUAGAAGCAGCACUGCCGUUGUUCUUAGCAGACCGAGUAGAUUUAUGCUGCGGAUUUAAAAUAAAAAUGAGUAAAUUGUCGUUUCGGGCGCGGGCUCUGGAUGCUAGUAAGCCUCUACCCGUCUUCCGCUGCGAGGAUUUGCCAGACCUGCACGAAUAUGCCUCCAUCAACCGGGCAGUGCCGCAGAUGCCCACCGGGAUGGAGAAGGAGGAGGAAUCGGAGCACCACCUGCAGAGGGCGAUCUCGGCGCAGCAGGUCUGGGGAGAGAAGAGGGACAACAUGGUGAUCCCGGUCCCAGAGGCCGAGUGCAACAUCCCCCACUACGAGUCCCUGUACCCCGGGGAGUUCAAGAUGCCAAAGCAGCUCAUACACAUACAGCCUUUCAGUCUGGACACGGAGCAGCCGGACUAUGACCUGGACUCUGAUGACGACCUGUUUGUGAAGAAGCUGAAGAAGAAGAUGGAGAUCACAGAGCUGCAGUUCGAGGAGAUGAUCGACCGCCUGGAGAAGGGCAGCGGGCAGCAGCUGGUGAGUCUGCAGGAGGCCAAGCUGCUGCUGAAGGAGGACGACGAGCUGAUAAAGGAGGUGUUUGAAUACUGGAGCCACAAAAGGAAAAACAGUAAAAGUGGAACGCUGAUCCCGGCCGUGAAACAGGAGAAGCGGGACAGCUCCAGCACCAGCGAUCCCUACGUGGCCUUCAGACGCCGGACGGAGAAGAUGCAGACCCGGAAGAACCGUAAGAACGACGAGGCGUCUUAUGAGAAGAUGCUGAAGCUGCGGCGGGACCUGAGCCGAGCGGUCACCAUUUUGGAGAUGAUCAAACGGAGAGAGAAGAGCAAGAGGGAGCUCCUGCACCUCACGCUGGAGAUCGUGGAGAAGAGAAACGCGAUGCCGGACCUGGGCGCGGAGGUGAUGGCCGAGGCGUUGGCGCAGAGAGCUUUGGUCAAACCGGUCUACACCAUCCCUCUGCUGCCUCUGUCCAACAGCCAGUACAGACACCCGGACAUGAUGGAGCUCAAGGACUACAAGAAGCCCGAGAAAACGGAGCCAGUUCGAACAAAGAGGAAAUACGAGAAGAAGCAGAAGAUCGCCGUGUCUGCGGCGCAUCACCCCGGCCCCGCCUUCUUCAGCCCCAAAGACCUCAACCAGUACGACUUCCCCAGCUCCGACGAGGACUACUCACAGAUCGUCUCCGGCUCGUCAGAUGCAGAGGAGGAGACGGAUCCAGAUGGCAGCUUCGCGUUCAGGAGGAAAGCAGGAUGUCACUACUACGCCUCUCGCCCGGAGCAGACCGGGAACUGGCCCUGGAUGAGCCCGGCUGAAGGAGGACUGGGAGAUCCUCGUUUCCGAUUCUGUCUGACGUCCCUGAACACACCGCGGAGAUGUGUGGGUUUGGCCAGACGGCGAGUGGGCAGAGGCGGAAGGAUCUUGUUGGACCGGGCGCACUCAGACCUGGAUCCCGGCCUGGACGUGGACCUGGACUCGGACUCGGUCUCGGUCUCUCCUCUGGACUCUCCUCUUCACAGACGCAGUACCUCAGACAACCACACUUCGGACCUCAGCUCUCCCCUCGUCCCUCCCUCCUCCAAGACCCCCGUGGACCUCUCCCAGAUCCUUUUGAACAUUAAGUCCUGCCGCUGGAGGCACUUCAGACCACGGACAGUUUCCCAGCACGCACAGGGGUCGGGCGGCCUGUGUCGCGGUGGAUUUAGGGAUUUAAGCCGGACUGUAUCUGGACUAACGCGGACUCUAUCGGCGCAGACCAGGACCGGACCGGGCCAGGUUCCAGUAAAUGUGUUCACCGUCGAGCAGUACCAGCAGCACCAGGAGCAGCUGGCCCUCAUGCAGAGACAGCAGCUGGAGCAGAGCCAACUACAACAACAACAACAACAACAACAAACUACAGCGACGACAGCCCCCCAGCCCACCAAAACACAGACUAAUUCGUCUAAGACCCUGGACCAGGCGUCUGCUCAGUUCGCGGCCUCGGCUCUGGUGAUGUCCGAGCAGCUCCGGACCUACAAGUCCAAAGACGAGAUCCUGCUCAACACCGGAGUCAACGGAGUGCUCGCCAACGCUGGUGUAUUCAAAGGCCUGCACCUCUCCAGCGCCCCCUCUGGCCCCCAGCCCUUCCUGCAGCCCAACCCCUCCAGCCCGUCCCAGCCCCCCUCCGCCCCCCACCCCACGGCGGCGGCGGCCCUGGGUCUCCUCGGCAACGCGGCGCCCUCCACCACUCAGGUCCUGAUCGGGAACAACCUGUGUCUGAGCGUCCCCACCUCCCGCCACCUGCCCCGCGCCCUGGCCACCGUGCCCGCCUCCGCCUUAAAGCUCUCCUCCAACGCCAACCUGCCCAGCCUGCCCAGCCUGCCCAAAGUGUCCAGCUCCCAGAGUAUGGACAUGGCUGCAAGGUGAGCCAGCAGCGGCACAUGGAAAACCACGAGGAGGAGAAAGCGUCUCUGAACAGUUUAUCAGAAAACACAGUGGCCAUGGAGGUGACGUAGCAUCAGGAGCCCUCACCCGCGCCGCGCUUUUUAAUCUCAUUUUGUUACUGUUAAUGAAAAAAGAGAAAAAAUCCAAGUGUAAAGUAUGAAUAUGGCUAAAUUAGUAUGUGUACAUUAACAUAUUUGUAAUAACCCUGUAUAUAUGACUUGAAUACGAACUGUCCAUUUGUGAUGUUUUGCACUUGGGAGUCGAACUAAAUGAAAAAAGCCAAGUAGAUGGAGGAGAGUCUGGCCGUGUCCGAGUGUCCGCCCGAAUGUAGUGAGCUGCGUCUGAAUCGCACUAGAACUAUCAAAAAUAUUAAAAGAAAAAAUGAAAAACUUAUAAAUGCUAAAACUAUCAGAACUAGAUAUUUAUUGAAGCAAAAAAACAAGAAAAAAAUAUCACAAAACUGGAUAUAAAUUGUCCUUUCCUGAACAAUUUUCAUCUAGAACUAGUGUAAGACCAACAAAAGAUCAACAAAUACAAAAAAAAGCUGCUUAAAAUGAUCAAAAUCAAUAUCAAGCAUAGACUAUAUAUAAAUGGACGUAGGAAGUGAGCAUGGGCGCGCUUCCGGCUCCAUCGGCUCUGGCUCCAGUUCGCUUUGUAUUGAAAAAACGUCACCCCUCCUUUCUGUAACCGCUGCUGUCAAGCUCCUCAUUUUGGUCUUAAAAUGUUCAAAUAAACCCGCUCUACAUGAUCCUGGUGCUUUUAUUUCGCCGUUUUGUCCAUAAAUCAGUUCAAAUUUUUUACAUGUACUGUAUCUCCGCUCCAAAUACGCUCCUAUUAAAAAAAAAGUCAUUUUCUAGGCUUAGAAAAGUCAUCGAAUUUUGUAAAUGCAAUGAAAGUUUUGGAAAAUUUCAGUGCAUCUUUCACUUUCUGUUAAGUUAUUACGCUGUUGUUGUUAUUUGUUUAAAAGAGACGACAAUAAAUGCACUGACAGUAUUUUGAAUGUUAAAAAAAACUAUAAUCCCAAACCAUAAGGUGAGUGGAAAGAGUUAACAUUUCAUAUUUAUCCCUGAAAAUAUGAUAAAUUCUUAACAUGUAGGUGCUGUAAAGUCAUGAAAAAUUCACUUUAGGACAUGAAAAAGUCAUGGAAAAGUUUGGAAAUUUUGCUAAAAAAGAGUGGAACCCUGAAUUAACCCACUCUACUUGAUCCUGGUGUUUUUAUUUCACAAUUUUGUCCAUAAAUCAGUUCAAAUUCCUAAUACGUACUGUAUCUUCGCUCCAAAUAUGCCGUUAUAACUUCUAACCGGGUUCCCACAGUCAUCAAAAUCCUGGAAAAGUCAUGGAAUUUAGUAUCUCCUUCACGCAACUACAGCGUUCUUAUUGUGAUUAUUUAGGACCGUAUGCAAUUUUUGUUUAAAAGAGACGACAAUAAAUGCACUGACAGUAUUUUGAAUGUUAAAAAAAACUAUAAUCCCACAUAUAAACAUUUCAUAUUUAGCCCUAAAAUUAUGAUCAAAUCUACACGUCAUGGAAAAUUCACUUUAGGUCAUGAAAAAGGCAUGGUAAAGUUAUGAAAUUUUGUUAGUGAAAGAGUGGGAACUUUGAAUUAUCCCGCUCUGUGUGAUCCUGGUGCUUUUAUUUCACCGUUUUGUCCAUAAAUCAAUUCAAAUUCCUAAUACGUACUGUAUCUCCACUCCAAACUCUCACGGAAAUCCUGGAAAAGUCAUGAAAUUUAGUAUUUCUUUCACGACACUACAGAUACCAAACCAUAAAGUGAGUGGAAAGAGUCAACAUUUCAUAUUUCGCCCUAAAAAUCUGAUCAGUUCUACCCAAGUAGGACGGAAAAUUCACUUUGUCUUGAAAAAAAACAUCAAAAUCACUGAAAUUUUGUCAGUCUAAGAGUAGAAACCCUAAAUUAACCCGCUUUAUGUGAUCCUGGUGUUUUUAUUUCGCCAUUUUGUCCAUAAAUCAAUUCAAAUUCCUGAUAUGUACUGGAUCCCCGCUCUAAACACGCCGCUAUCCCACUAUCACGGAAAUCCUGGAAAAGUUAUGGAAUUUAGAAUCUUUUUACCGAAAAUUUACUUUGUCUUGAAAAAAAAUCAUCUAAAAGUUUUAAAAUUUUGUCAGUGAUAGAGUGGAAACCUUAAAUUAACCCACUCUACGUGAUCCUGCUCUUUUUAUUUUGCCGUUUUGUCCAUAAAUUAGUUCGCAAAACAAUUCCUAAUGCGUGUGUAUCUCUGCUCCAAAUUCGCUUCUAGGCACGGCAAGUUUAUUUGUAUUGCGCAAUUCGUGCACAAAGUAAUUCAAAGUGCUUUACAGAACAUUAAAAUCACAAUUAAAACAAAUCAAAACAUAAAUAAUCAUCAUAAAAUUAAAAAGAGAGAGAGUCAUUACACAUUCAACCCUCGAUGAGCUUCGUUUGACUGGAGCCGAACACUAUGAGCGACUUUAAACUCGAUUAGUCCACUUUUUUAUACGGUCUACGCCAUCAAAUCUGUUCCUCGGUAUCGAAAUGAAGUUAAAAUUAUGGUAUCGUGACAACACAAGUGUUUUGCGGGUUUAUGUCGUGACUGGGGGGGGGGGGGGUUCCGGGUCGGGGCAGACAUUCGGACACGGCCUUUAACAUCAUGUGCAUGGUGCGGAGCCUGCUGGUUUUAUCUAUUUAUUGUGCUGUGUUUACAACAACUUCCUUUUGGUUUGUUUUUUUUGUUUUUAUUAUUUUUUUAUUUGUACACUGUACCUUCGUUGGUUCCUGUGCUGUAGUAAAUGUUUAGCGAGCUCGGACUCCUGGGUAUUUUCGUAAAGUGUGAAGCAGGCCCCGCCCACAACCCCAAGUUUUAAUUUUUGAGUCCCUUUUUGUUUUGGUUUUUUUUGGUUUCUCUCUGUGUGUGUGUAUAAAAUAAAACAAAAAACAAGCUAAAACUAUUUAAAAGAGAGACUGGUACUACGAAACAAGAACCUGCCCGGAUCAAAUGAGUUUCUUUUGGUUAAAGCGGCACUAUGCAACAUUUUUUUCCACCUUUUUUUAGCACAAAAAAACUUCUCAAUCACACGUUUGCUUAUUUUAUUUUAAUAGUUGUCCUUUCUAAAUAUAAUAAUCGUUUGAGUGUUGCUUAGUAUGAAUCCUGCAAGAUUAAACGCAAUUGAAUCAAAAAAAUGCAAUCAGCAAAUCGAAAAAAAAAAAACAUUUUGAACUAAAAACAACAAAAUACACCGUUUUAUUUAGCUUAAAAACUGCUAAUCUUGUAGUUUACUUCUUUACAAACCUGUUUUGAAAUGUAAUUCUUGUCAUUUUUUUUGUUUUAGUUCAGAUUUCAGUCUUUUUUUCCAAUUCUUCUGGUGAACUUUGAAAAAAAUCCUGUCGUUAAAACCUAAAGUUGCACUCUGUAACUUUUCUGUAGAGGCCCUCAAACGCUUUUGUUUCCAUGGAGAUGUUAGUGCGUUAGUUUAAUGCCGUACUGUGGACAAUUUAAACCAAUCUGUCCAACUUUUAUCCAACUACGGCUGUUUUUAUCGCUCAAAAAUAUCUUCAAAAAACAUGAAUUCUUACCGUGGGUGGGCUCGCCUCUCCGCAAACUGACCCGUAAUUUGGCUCGCAAGUCUCCGUGGAGAUUCUCGAGUUUAUGGGCCAUACUGCGGAACAUUCAGAGCACAUCUCCAUGGAGACAAGACAACAGGACAAGUCGCACAGUGCACCUUUUAAUCGCAAAUCUACUCGCCAAAACAAUCGCAAUUUAUUUUUUUUUUUUUCGCAAAUCGUUGAGCUCUACUUUGGACUUUCGAUAAUUGAUUUACAUUUUUUGGUAAUUUGAACAUAUCGUUUUCAAAUCUAAUUUAAUAUUCGGCCUCGUUCACAACUGAAUUUCUUGGUAAUCGCCGAUUUCAGGCUUUAAAUCGGCUCGUAUUUGAGUUUUUUCACGCUUUAGUAUCGUUUUAUCUUCAGUAUAUUUGCGUCUUUUUAGUUUGCGUUUUAACGUUUUAAGCGCUAUGAACUCCAAGAACAAAAAAAAAAUCAAAAAUGAAGACAAAAUCUGAACUUUGAAAUUUAAAAUCUACUUAAAAAAAAAAAUAAAAAUCACUAAACAUAUCUCUUGUUUUGUAGUACCAGUCCCCACACACAGAGAAAUCCAGAAAUGCCCCCCACACAGGGAUAAAGUCUCUUCCCAGAAGCCUUUGCAGCUUCCGUUUUUAAGCACUAUAUUUUUCCGUGUUACGUUUUUGUUUUUGAUAACUCAGAGCUGCUUUUGUAUUCUUUUAACGGGGUCCUUUUAUUUUCAUGCAAGUGGUCCCCCCCCCCAUCCCCCCCAACAACCUCAUAUUGUGUAUCCCACCGACUUUUUGUAAAACAGAAAUCAGUUAUUUUUGUAUUUUUUAUUGUGGUGAAUAUGAUUGUAAGUUUUUUUUUUAAAUAAUUGUUUUUUUGUUUUUGUUUUGGAAGACUUCAUUCUUUAGCUUAGUUUGGAACCACGACGCACGGUUUUCGCUCGGUGCGGCGUUGCGGAGCGUUUACGUUGGCUCAGCGUCGUCAAUCAUAUCAACUUUUCAUAUCGUAGUUUUUGAAGAGUCUGAACAUGCAAAAAAAAAAAAAAAAAAGCUUCGAAAAUAGUCACGGUUUGUGUUUUUCUCCAUUUUAACCAACCCGCAGUGUGACUAUCCCUCUCCAUUAUAUUUUCGCUGGAUGGUGCUGAUCAAAUCUCUUCAAGCCGACGUAAACGAGCGUAAAAACGUCGCCGUACCGAGAAAAACCGUGCUGACGUCGUUGGUUCAAACUCUGCUAAACUAUUCAUUUCGUGGUGUCAUGCAUAGGUGAAAAGGGAGGAGCGUGUAUGUGUUUCAUCAUUCCAGUUUUAUAUCAAAAAUACUUCAGAGGGCCGACCGAGGGGGAUCGUGGGUAAUCUGCGCCCCCCCCUCCUCCGCGCCUCUUUCUGUUCAGUUGUUUUUCUUUGUGAAAAGAAUCUCCGGGCGGCUGCGAGGCCAUAACGUUUUGGGUGCCUUCCUUUGGGGAAAGAGUCUCUCUCUUCUGUGAAGAGGUCCAGGGCACAGGCCGCGCUACAGCGGAGUGUGUGUACGAGUGUUUGUGUGUGUACGAGUGUUUGUGUGUGUACGAGUGUUUGUGUGUGUACGAGUGUUUGUGUGUGUACGAGUGUUUGUGUGUGUACGAGUGUUUGUGUGUGUACGAGUGUUUGUGUGUGUACGAGUGUUUGUGUGUGUACGAGUGUUUGUGUGUGUACGUGUGUGUGUGAUUGUGUACUUACAGAGCAUCUCGAAAAAAUUUAGAAUAUCGUGAAAAAGUUCUGUAUUUUUUUUGUCUCAUUUUAGUCAAACCCGUAUGUUCUAGAACAGGGGUGCCCAAACUUUUUUCAUCAAGGGCCACAUCUGUAAACACAGAAGAAGCAGAGGAUGAUCGAGGGUCGAUCGAGGGCCGCAGACUGAUGCUCAGUACAGUGAAUAACUGAAAUAUGUGUUUAACACGUUAGAAUGAACCAUCAGGUAAAUAGUCACAUUUUUCUAUAGUACUUUUCCACCUUCAAGGCACACAAAGUGCUUUACAACUAGGAACCACUCACCCACUCACACACCAGUGAACACACACACUGUGGGCAAGGUGGGUUAAGUGUCUUGCCCAAGGACACAACGACAGCAUUCAUCCGUGGGAGCUGGAAUCACACCAGCCAACCUGUGGGUCAGUGGAUCUGACCGCUCAACCUGUGAUGUUUUAUGUCGAGAGCUGGAAUCAAACCGCCAACCUUCAGAUCAGUGGGCGAAUGUUCUACCAGCUGAGCUACUGAACUACCCCUUUAUUCAUGCAAAGAUCAACAAAACCACACACUAAAUAGUAAAUAUUUGCUUUAUCAAGGUAGACUUUCAAAAACCUUGCAGUAAAAAGUUAAUUUUAAUUGAUGCGAGGUAAUUUGAGCCAAUUCACCUGGAAGCCUGAGGGGCAAGAAAACUUUGUCUGAGGGCCGCAUUUGGCCCACGGGCCGUAGUUUGGACAUGCCUGUUCUAUAGAGUCAUGAAGCUUGAAAGUUUGAAAUAUCUGGGUUUGAUUUUCUCAUGAUUUUCUGAUGGCAAAAAAAUCUAGACCUUUUUCAUAAUCACAUUUUUUGAGAUGGUCUGUGUGUGUGUUUGUAUGAUUGUGUACUCGUGUGUGUGAUUGUGUACGUGUGUGUGUGUACUGUGUGUGUGUGAUUGUGUACGUGUGUGUGUGUGUGUGUGUGUGUGUGUGUGCGUGAGCGCGCGUGUGUUCACCUGGAGGCUGAAAAGACAAAAACAUGUGACGACUCUCACUAAAAUAAGACAAGAAUAAAGCCUAGGGCAUUAAAUGUGAA